CUGCGCGUCAUCACUAUUUGAACCGCGAAAGGAACAAAUAAAAGUCGUGUACCGUACCGUGAACGGCUUCCACCCCCACCAUUGUCACUCCUUGCAGUGAAUGUGCAACAUUUACUUCUCACUGACGUGCCGAAGCAAACUUUCAGUACGUGGAGGUUAUAUGACUAUGAAUAUCCAACACGGCAAGUUUCCUUUUCAUUCGUCGCUCACCAGCCAGACCACAGCAUGGCGUCGUCCCAGGAAAAAGAAGAAAAGGCAAGGUUUUUUGAACAUUUAUAUCGUUUAGACGAUCUUGUCAGCGACGACGAAAGUCACGAUGAAGCGUCAGACACUUCCCACGAUCAACAUACAGCUCGACCAGUUAAGUUCCGGGAACAAUCAAGACAUACUGAUGAACCUUACUCUGGCACCCGAUCUCGCAACAUCCUCCAGGCUCAUGCCAAGAAACGAUUACAUGAAGAGCCGUCGCAACCUGCACCGAUUGUGAUCGAGGAUGAAGGCGAUGGCGAUAAUAGAGAAUCCCGAAAUCUCAGUCCAGCGCGCAAGAAGAAGACAAGGUUUGAGGUGAAAACCAAGAAUGCCACCAAGCCAACCAACCUACCCGUGAAGGCAGAGAAAAGGAACUCUACAAAUAUAUUAAAUCUGAAGCAGCGGAAGAGGCAAGUUCCAAAGAGUAUGAAGUUGACAGCCGUCCCAAUAGAACAGCAAUUCUUUAGGGAGUUUAUCUUCUACUUUGUCCCCAAUGACGACGAUCAUCCUGUUCGCCGUAUCAGAAUGUACAAAAGCGUCCUGUUGGGAGCUGAAUGGGUACAUGAAUGGUAUGAUGAUGUGACACAUAUCAUUGUCGACAACAGCUAUACGAUGUCAGAGGUCGCAGCCUCGUUUCCUUCAGGAAAGGUUCCGGAAUGUCCGGCGAUUGUACUUGAGGAGUGGCUCGUACAUAGCUUUUCGCUAAAACAGCCUCAAGACGUCAAUAGAAAGAAAUUCUUGGUCCCUGGAUUUGAAUCUCUUCAACAUGACCGUAUUCAAGGUCAUACUGCAAAUACGGCGCUGUCUCGAAUCAAAACACCAAUGCGCCCCAAAUCUCAAUUAAGAAGGGGUGAUAUCACCCCGUCCAAGUCACCUUUGGUCGGCGAGCAAAAAGCGCACAAGGUAUCGACGAUAUCAGAUGAUCAGCUUGGUGUCACGAUCCAAACUGUGAAGGACCUAGACUAUCUGUCAAUGGACCCGAGCUUUGACACUGCAAAUGAAGCUCCACACCGAGAAGGCCAGGAUCUUGCCUUUGCUAUACUGCGCCAGGACGACGAGAUGCAGAAGCAAAGUGCCGGCUUUCAAUGCAUGGUGAAGCAUGGCAGUGAUGCCGAUGGCAUGAAUCCGAACGGUAGAACCAUCGAGAACCUCCAGAAGCUGGCGACAUUCUACGACCGUAAGGGUGACCACUGGCGCAUGACAGCCUUCCGUAAAGCAAUCGGCGCACUGAAAUCUGAAAACGAGCUGGUUCGUACGAAGGAGCAGGCCAUGUCAUUGAACGCUGUUGGUGAGAGCAUAGCUGGAAUGAUCGAAGAAUUCGUCUCCAAAGAUAGGAUUCGGAGACUCGACGAAGCCCAGAAAGAUCCUCGUGAUCAGACACUGGAGCUCUUUAUGGGUAUAUAUGGUGUUGGUGCUCAGACAGCUGCCUCGUGGUACUCCCAAGGCCACCGUACUCUGAAAGACAUCCGCCGGAAAGUCAACUUGACUCCUUGCCAGCUCGUCGGACUUGACCACUACGACGACCUCCAACGGCGAAUCCCUCGUGACGAGGUUGCUCAGCAUGCCUCCAUUGUCAGAAAAGCCCUCAGAGGUGCAGAUGAAGGUUUACAGAUGAUUGUGGGUGGCUCCUUCAGAAGAGGUAAAGCAGACUGUGGAGACAUAGACUGUAUCAUCACCAAAGAGGGGGCGAACAUACUGCAGAUACGAACACUCAUGAUGAACACGGUUAUCCCAGAGCUGACAGAGCAGGGAUUUCUGAAGGUUGCAUUGGCUACAGGGACUGGAGAUGAUGCCACAAAAUGGCACGGCUGCUCAGCUUUGCCGGGCACUGAUAUAUGGCGACGGAUUGAUCUGUUGUUUGUACCGUGGGCAGAGCUUGGAGCCGCCUUGAUAUACUUUACCGGCGACGAUAUCUUCAACAGGAGCAUACGGCUCCUGGCGAGUAAGAAGAACAUGAGGUUGAAUCAGCAUGGGCUCUACAAGGACGUGCUACGAGGCCGGGGCCGACAGAGAAUCACCAAAGGACGGCUUGUGGAAGGGCAGGAUGAGAAGCGCAUCUUUGAUAUUUUGGGUGUACCAUUCUGGAGACCGGAAGACAGACAGAUUGGAUAAUGAUGGCGAUGGAAUGAUUAAGAAUCACCAGUGAGACAAGCAACUAUGCACAGAAUUUCAUAUCCCACAACUGCAACAGAUCAAAAUUUUGCUGGAAGA